AUUAAAUCUUUUUUUAAAAUAUAAACAAAAUGGUUAAAAACUCAGCCUAAGAUCCAUAAGAUAACUCACUCUAAAUGAAAGUAAAAUAUUAAAUAAUUUUUUGUGUAGAUUAGAUAAUAUUUGGUUUCUGGAAGAAGAUUGCCAUCAAAAGAUGAUCCAAAUCCAAAGGUUAUUAGCAUGAGAAUCUUUGCUAGAAAUACAGUAGCUGCAAAAAGCAGAUUCUGGUAUAGCAUUAGUUAAUGGUUAGGUGGAAUUUAAGAAGAUUAAAUAAACUUAGACCAUCUCAUGGUUAGAUCUUAGCAGUUUAAGAAUUAUUUGAAAGAAGAGAUACAAACGUAAAAACCUAUGGAAUAGUACUUAAAUACUAAUCAAGAACAACAAUUCAUAACAUGUAUAAAGAAUUUAGAGACACAACAUUAAAUGGUGCAGUCUCAUAAUUAUGUAAAUUAUUGCAUUGAGCUUUUAGACCAAGAAAUGGCAGGUAAUCAUAGAGCUUAACCAUAAACUAUUCACAUUCUAAGAACUUCAGUAUUAACUAAGAGUGCUGAUAUCAAGAGAGGAAAAACUAAUUAAUAUAGAGUAAUUCAUUAAAAUAGUUUUAAAGGGUGAUUCAAUCAAAUUCCCAAUUGUUAAGACUGUUCCAAGAGCCAGCCAUAAAAAAUUCAGAACAGUUUUCAAAGCUAAAAGACCAAACCUCUACAGAUCAUGAACAUCUUAUGUUAGUACAAUAUUCAUCAUAUAAUAAUAUUUAAUUAUAC